AAAUUAUUAGCCUCGAAUGCCAUUUGCAUGUCUCAAGGUGUUGACAGCAAGUGUAUGCUUACUGAAGAGAUCCCGGAUAAGUUUGCGGUAAGUUAUGUCUACCGACCGGCAUGUUGAACUAGUAGAGCUACAAAGAUUGCUCGAAGAAGCGUCCAGCUACGAAGAGAGGGCUGCACUGAGGAAAGUUUUGCGAGAUGUGAAGAAAGGCGUUUUGAAACCUCAAGAAGCGCUUGAAGUGGCAAGGCAUCAGAGAAGCGACCAGACGCAUUCAGAGCCAUUGGAACAGCAUCAAAGAAGGAAGGAGUUUGGAAAGCUCGAGCCUUCUCAAACUGAAAUUUCUGGUUGUUCAGAGUCUACAAAACAAAAUGAAUGUUUAGAUGAGGAGCUUCAAAGUAGAGAUAAAGUGGCAAGUGGUAAUGCACUGAUUGCUGAGGCAAGGACUAAUGAAGAGGAACUUAGUCCGGCUGCUGGUAGUUCUUCUAAGGCUAACGUUGAUCUACCGGCAAAGACAGAUCAACCCGAGAAGUCAAUUUUGGACAGUGACUUUCCUGAUACUCCUCGGGCACCAACUCGACGAAAGACUAUGCCUUCAGAGCGACCAAAAUUGAGUCCCUCCCGGUCUCGAGAGUCUCAGGAAAAGGCACCGUUUGGGCAGUCAAUGUUGAAGAAAUCUCAAAGAAAGAGUAAUAAUCCAACCAAACCAAUUGAGUCUAAGACAGAGCCCUCAUUUGGUCAUGUAAAAUUACGACAAGUGAAUAGCAAGAAGGAUGAAAUAAAGUCUCCUUCUUCUAAGAAAUCGACUGAAAAUCCGUAUGGGAAAGUCAUUCUCAGACAAACUAGCAGGGAAGAACUGAAGGGACUAUCUCCUAAGGAAACACAAACUCCUGUGAAAAGCCAUGUUGGAAGUUGGGUUGGAAAAGUACAGUUGCAGCCAACUAACAGAAAAAAGACAACACAUUCUCAAUGUAGCGAAACAUCACCAGAGGAAGCAGUAACUGGUCAAUAUGGCAAACCACUGAAGCCUAUGAAGCAAGAGAUGUCACAAGAAAGGACUCCAAGGGCUAGAACAGAGAAGAAAAUUCGUACUGUUGAGGAAGAAAGUGACCAGAGCUACUUACGCUCUCGAUCUGCAACAGUAUCCACGUCUAAACCAACACAAUACAAGAAGCACGAGAUACAUCCAACAGGUGCAUCUGAUCAAGCAGUACAGAUUUCAACUGAAGAUCUCAGAGUUGGAUUGGCUACAUACAUUAACAAAGAACUUGGUAGCCAAAAAUCUCUGAAACAUCUUCUGCCUGUCCCACUUACAGGAAAAGGAUUGUACCACAGUUGCUCCGAUCCCUUGUUAUUAUGCAAGCUGGUGAAUCUAUCUGUGCGCGGUACUGUUGAUGAACGUGCUCUAAGCAAAGAGGAAGGUAGCAAGGAAAGCAAGUGGCAGGCCAAGACUGAUAAUCUUGUUCUUGCUCUGGAGUCUGCACGUUCUAUUGGCUGUCACAUUGAUGAUUCUACACAUGAUGCUAUACUUGCAGAAGAUGAGAACAUUAUCACACAACUGCUGCUUGACCUUGUCAAGGCUCGAGCUGCUCAUACUAAUGGUGCUGACCAGUUUGGUUCACACGUGUUUAGUAGCCCUGCUGUGUUGCUCAGUAUCUUCGGUGUGAGAGUAUGCGAUACAAAAUCAAAGCCACAACUGAGUGGAAACUAUCAAGUCGAUGUGACUGAUGCAUCAGUUGAUGAAUUGGAUCCCAAUACUGCUGAUGAGAUAAGUGAUUUGAAAGGCUCUCAGUUGUUGGAAGUAAAGGAAGAUGUCGAUACACCUGCUAAUGGUGUUGUGGCUAAUGAAUCUACUGCAGAGUCAUUAUCCACUGACACAAACACUAAUGUCAGAGAACAGAAAUUACCAGAAGAUUUAGACAAUGAAGAUGAGUCUUAUGAAACUCGAGCUGCAGCUAGGAAGGCUGCUCGAGAAAAGAAGAGAGCUGAGAAGCAGUAAAGUACUAGUUAUUGAAAUUUACUGAAAGUGCGUGAACAAGAGAUAUUUGUAAGCUGAGCUUGCUAGUGAUUUUUUUGUUUUUGCUCAAGAUUCAUAGAUUGAAGUUAAACUGCAGUAAGUAUUUGCAUAGUUUCAGAUGUCAAUUAGUAUAGGUGAUGAUGAUUGGUAUAUAUAUAUAUAUAUAUUGAAACACAAUAUUCUAA